AUGCAACCAAAAUUGCAACACUAUUUAAAAGGGGAGAUGAGCACAGUGCCGCUGAGUAUUGGUAAACAACCCAAUAAGACUCGGGGAACAGUUUAUGAACAGGUCAUGGGCGACCUUAUAAAUCAUGAAGUUCUUGCGGAUAACUUGGUUUUUCCAAUUCAAAGAAAGGUUGCGAACACUUCCAUUGUAGAUCAAAUACUCCAUAAAAUUUGA